AAAAAAUUUUAGAUAUGAUAACAGUUUCUCUUCAAUUAUAUAAUCCAUUAAUAUUUAAUAAUGAAAAUGAUAGUGAUGAAAUAUUAAAUAAUAUUGAUUCUAAUCAAGAAAGUUUAGAUGAUAUUAUUAAUAUUGAAAAUGUUUUUAUUUCAAUAGCUACAACUGAAAUUAAUAAGGACAAUUGGGAAUUACUCGAUA